AUGUAUGGAAAUCCGAACAGUGUUCCUCUUCCACUAGCUAACUUUAGAUUUGAGACAACAGAACAAAGGAGACAACGCAAUUCAGUAGAAAAUGAACCUCAGCACUCAAAUAUUAUGAAAUCUCUAAGUAUUUAUGAUUAUGGUGUUGUACCAACAAAUAUAAGUAAUUAUAUAGAAUUAAACAGCAGUAGAGGAGGUGAUCAAAUAUCAUCUUUAAAUGGUGCAAAGGGAGGGUCAAGUGCAGCUGCAAUACGACGUUCAAUAACGGAUGAAUCUCUAGAAAUUCCAAUACAUAUUUCUGGAGGUUUGCAAAUCUCUAAGAGAAUAACACUAAUAACUAAAGAUUUAAGUGUCUAUACUACCUAUAAGGAAGGCUUAUGUUCAGGUAAAAAGAAGAUGAACAUUUUGAAGUCUGUAAAUUUUAUAGCAACUCCAGGCCAAUUUAUCGGGAUAAUGGGGAUUUCUGGAAGUGGUAAAUCUACAUUAUUGAAUGCUUUGUCUGGUAGACUAAAAGCCAGUAAUUUUAUAGUCACUGGUUCUAUAUUAGUUAAUGGUUACUCAGAUAUUGACUUAAGUUAUUUAACAAGACUAGUACUACAAAAAGAUUUUAUGCUUCCUUAUUUGACAGUAAGAGAAACGAUGGAUAUAGCGGCUGGAUUAAGACUACCUCAUCAUUCUAAAAAAGAGAGAAAUGAGAAAAUUGAGGAAAUUUUAGAUAUUUUGGGACUUUUAGAUAUACAAAGUACUCUUGUAGGGGGAAUAUCUUCAAAGGGACUCUCUGGUGGUGAGAUAAAACGUCUUAGCAUUGCUAUUGAACUACUUCAAGGGCCUCCAGUACUUUUUCUAGAUGAACCAACAACAGGACUGGAUGCAGCUAGAGCUUAUGAUUUGAUGGAUUAUUUAGCAAAUCUUGCCCAUUCAACAGGAAUGAUAAUAAUUUGUUCAAUUCAUACACCUCGAUCACAGGCAUUUUCCUUAUUUGAUAAAGUUCUUGUUUUGAGCAAGGGUCUUGUAGUGGGUCAAGGAUCUCCUAUGGAUGUUUUGACAUUUUACAAUGAUGUAUUAACUAUAUUCCCCAAGAAUUAUAAUCCUGCAGAUUUUAUUAUUGAUGCAAUUUCAUUAGUAGAAUUAGCACAUAAACAAAAGGGAGCUGAAGAAAAAUUAAACUGUGAAAUAAUAGAUAAUAAGAUACGAAUAGUAGAUAACAAGGUAAAUGAAGAGCCUCUAUAUGAGUUUGAGAAACUCUCUUCUAUUAAUGAGACUAGUAAUAUAUUAUUUGGUCUUAGAGCACCAAAAAUAUACUCAUUGGAAGAUCUUAAUGAAAUAUAUGAACAUUCUAUAUAUGGAGAAAAUGUUACUAGAUCAAUUGAGCACUAUUUACGUUAUACAGAUACUAAUCACCCUAAAGACUUGUUUGAGACUUUAAGUAAUAUUGACUCAGCUAAUAUGAGACCUCUUCCUAACAGAAACAUUUUUCUCAGAAUCUUAUAUUUGUCUCCAAUACCUUCCCCUAUUCAAUUUUUCCGAGAGGUUUCACUUCUUACAAAAAGAGCUUCUUUGAAUAAUUGGCGUAAUCCAAAAACUACCAUUGGCCUUUUGUUUGUCAAUACUAUUUUAGGGAUAAUUAUGGGUGGUAUAUUCUUUGCUCUUCCUAAAGAAAAUGAUAAAGAUUCCUUGAUAAUGCAAAAUGCAAGAAAUAUUGUUGGCUUCAUAUUUUUUUUUGCAGUUGGAAUAACAUUUACAGCUAUUAAAGGACUUGUUAAUGUUGUGACUGAACGAUUUGUUAUGAAUCGUGAAACUUUUUCUCAGAUGUAUACACCUUUAUCUUACUUUAUAUCAAUAAUGAUAUCAGAUUUCCCACUUCAACAUCUACAAGCCUUUAUUUACUGUACUAUUGUCUACUUUAUGGCUGGAGUCUACAAUUCCGAUUAUAGUAUAUCUGUUGGUCAACAAUUCGGUCUAUGGACUCUAAUAACUCAAGUUGGAACAUUCUCUGCCUAUUCCUUUGGUUACAUCCUGUCAUCUAUUGCCUCAAAUCCUUCCACUGUAUUCAAUAUAUUUCCAAUGGCAAAUGUAAUUUUCUUUUUACUUGCAGGAUAUUUCUUGAAUUUAAACCAAAUCCCAGUAUGGAUUAAUUGGUUUGGAUGGCUCUCAACAUGUAGAUAUUUAUUUACAGGAAUGUUUUUAUCUAUUUUUAUUCCUGGUCAAUCCUUUGUAUCAGUAACUACUGAUUUCUUCAUUAACCAGUAUGCACUUUGGACAGAAAGUUAUUGGAAAAAUUUGGGAACUGUAUUUGGUUUGGGAAUUGCUAUGCGUAUAUUAGCUUAUAUAUUUUUUGCAUUCCUACUUAGAAAUAAACAACUUGCAAGUUGA